AUGGCAUCUGUGCUAACACUGCCGGUCACCGUGCCCCCUCUCCUUCCAUCGUACUCUGCACCUUCGACUUCGACCUCGAUUCUCUCCCAACCAAAACCUAGAACAUUACUGCCCGCAGGUCCUGCUCACCUCAAGCAUCUUCGACUUCUGCACCAUCACGAUUCUUCUUUUGAUCGCCACGAUGAGCACCAUUCAGCCUUGCAGGAGAAGGAAGAUGAAGAGCGCAGACGAUUGGCUCAACUCGGAGCAACCGACGAUCUUGGUGUAGGCGAUGAGGACGAAAGCAACGAGCUACUCAGCCUCGAUCCUAAGGAGUGGAAGAAACAUGACUACUACGCCGUUCUUGGCCUCUCCAAGUUGAGAUUCAAAGCUAACCAGGAUCAGAUCAAAAUUGCUCACCGCAAAAAGGUGCUCAAGCACCACCCCGAUAAGAAGGCUGCGCCCACGGAUAAUAGCACGACGUCGCUACUAUAUGGCACUGUUAACACCAAUGAUGACGCAUUUUUCAAGUGUAUCUCAAAGGCCUAUGAGGUCCUGAGCCAUGCCGAAAAGCGACGACAGUUCGAUAGUGUAGAUCCCGAAUUCCAGGAUCGAUGGGACGAUGCACCCACUGCUGCCGAACUCAAAGCCAAAAUGUCGAAAGCCAAAGAUCCUAAUGAAGCCUUUUUUAAGGAGAUGGCACCGUUCUUUGAGCUGUACUCUCGUUUCUCCCGCACGCAGCCUGUCCCUCAACUAGGGUCGCCUGACGCGUCCAAAGAAGAAGUCGAGGGCUUCUACGAUUUCUGGUAUAACAUUGAUUCAUGGCGAAGCUUCGAAUGGCUGGACAAGGAGAUCAAUGAAGGAAGCGAUAACCGUGAUGACAAGCGUUAUACUGAGAAGAAGAACAAGACGGAACGCGCCAGACGGAAGAAGGAAGAUACUGCUAAGGUUCGGGGACUUGUCGAUCUGGCUCUUAGUGUCGACCCCCGUAUCAAGCGCAUCAAACAAGAAGAAAAGGCUGCCCGAGAGGCCAAGAAGGCUGCCUCACGAUCGGGUACCCCGGGUGUCAAUGGGAAGGUCAAUGGGAAGCCAAGCAAGGAGGAGGAGGAACGCAAGAAGAAAGAGGAAGAAGAGAAGAAGGCAGCGGAAGAGGUGGCAAAGGCCGAAGCGAAGAAGGCAAAGGCUGCUGCUGCCAAUGCUGCUAAGAAGGCCCGCAGAGCAGCCCGUGCAGCUGAAGGUGGCGAGGCUUGA